UAAUCAUAAUAAAUUUUAUUUAUAACAGGCUUUUACAGGUGCUCAAAGACACUUUACAAGAAACACAAUAUAAAAUACAGAAGAUUUGGAGUAAUAAGACCAACAUUGUAAAAGGUUCAAAAAGACAUAAGAUGAAAAGACAAUAAAAGAACAGUUCACGGGUUAAAAGCCAAUUUUUCUGUAGUUUAGUGACUUUGUGACAAGUUUGAUCCAGAGCAGUUCAAGUAGGACUAAUGUGUUUACAUGUCUUUUAAAAGUCCAGCUUCAGUCAGACUAAGGCAAUAAGUGGAUUCUUCUGAACACUGUACUGAUUCUUAUCCCAGGCUUAAGUCAUAGGGGCAGCUGCACUUUGUAAAGUCACGUUGCCUCUAGUUAUUUCUGCAACCAGCUGACCUGGAAAUGUCCGAUCAGAGGCCAACAGUGAGGGUAAUAAAAACUUAAAAUUUGUGUUGUUACUCAGUGAUGGAGACUUACUUGAUAGGUCAGGUCCGAUCCCCUGUCCACAUGCUGAAGUGUCCUUGGGCAAGACAUCUGACCCCUGACUGCCAUUAUUAGAUACGCCCAGCAGUGUGUGAGUGAAUGGGUUAAUACUAAUGGAUGCUUUAUUUAUCAGCCUCUGCCAUAAGUGUGUGAUUGUGGUGUGAAUAGGUGACUGUGACAUGUAAUGUAGAAGCUCUUUGAGUGGCCAGAAAAUUAAAGGAAGCACUUUAUAAACACAGUCCACUUACAGAAAAUCCACAGAACUUGAUUAAAAAAAACUGGACUGAUAAGCAGAAAUUUUGGAAACAGAGCAAACUAACCUGGUCCUGUCUGAAGGCAUGUAUCAUGGUGAUUUGUCUGUAGGUGACACAACAAACCCAGGUUUUUUUCAUGGGUUAUUUUAACAUUAAUGUUCAUGCUAUUAGCAAUUGAGAGUGUAAACCUUCUCAUCUCUAACAUUUCUCUCUUUGCUGAACCCCCCCCUCUCCUCCAUGAUUUUCCAGCCUGUGCUCUGCAUCUCAUCACUGGCUUCUAUUCAAAAUAGGCUCACAAACAUCAUGAUUGAUUCAGCCACUAUCCUCCAGGAUCUCUCAAUGCCUGCCUGGGCUGGAGAUUAAUUUCCUUUCCCCAUCUUAAUUUUUACUCAUCGCCUCUCCAUAAAAAGGCUAAAUGUCAAGCAUGCCUGACUCCCUCUAGUGACACGUCUAUUCCAGCAGAUAAUUACCAUAAGGAAAUAGAUGCUUUAGUGUGCAGAGGGGAAUUUAAUUUACUCUGACAUCCUCACAGCAUAAUGCAUUCCUAAAGAAAGAGAGUUUUCAGUUUGCAAUUGACUUUUUAGAUGAAUUGGACUAUUUAAUGUGAUUAUCAGUCCUGAACGUCUUUGACUUAUUAAGGUGUUGAAACCAAUUAAGGGUUACAUGCUGCUCAUGCUUCCAAAUGUGAAAUCGUGAAUACUGCUUAAAGAUCCAUGAAAUAAGAACCAGACGGAGCCUUUUGUUCGGUAGUCGACAUCCCUGAUGAUGUUCUGAGACUUGCCAGGUAAUGAUAUUAAUUACAGCAACAUGGCUUUCUUCAGGUUGUGGAUUGACCUAAAGAAGCAGAGGGUUACAUUUAAUUAGAUUUGCAGUCUGUAAAUGUGAGAAAAUUUCAAAUGCUGCAAAAUUUGAAUCUGUUUUUACACAACAAAGAAGAGUUUAUGCCUUUAGAAAUUAUCUGAUGUUUUGAUAAUGCUCAAUAUCAUGGUGAGGAGUGAGCAUUGAUCCCACCUCUGCAUAAUCCUCUUUAAAAGUAUGACUAAAUCAUUGCCCUAACAGUACUUUCCCCCAAAACCAAGAGUGAGUAAAGCUGCUGUGUCACUGGGUAUCUCUGGACCCCUCCGCACUUGGUGAUACUGCUGAGUCACAUAUCAGUCCCAGCAUUCCCUUAACUUGUGGCUUUUUUAUGCCGUCCAAAACUGAACCUCUGACCCACAGACAAAGCUGGGACGGCCAUGAGGCUUUGAGGAAGUCAGUAAGGGUUGCUGCAAUGAGAAUUAUGGUUGUGAGGACACAGCCAGCUCCUGCCAGAAGUUCCUCCUUUUGCAACCAACUGCCUGAAUGUUGUGCUUCUUAGGAGAUAAGGGCAGCCUCCCAUGAAAGGUGACUCAGCAAUCCAGCACACAGCCUCUCCUGAGAUAAGAGUGCUCUGCAGGCCUGAGGACAGUGGGAUACAAGGAUGAACGCUCACAAGCAGGACGGCAUGAGAAAGUCAAUUCAGUCCAAACACUUAUCUCUGGGGGGAAUAAAGUAUAACCUCCUGCAACUUCAUCAGCUCUGGGUACAGCUGCGGAAAAUACAAAGAAAAAAACGCUAUGUUUAUAGUGAUUAGGCUGCAGCAGCUAUCCACCCCAUCAGACGCUAAUAUGAGAAAGUAAUGGCAGACUGUGUCUGAAAUCGAGUCAUAUUAACCAAACCAGAGGUGGCACUCAUUAUUUAUUUAGAAUUUCCAUCAAUAUUAAUCCUCCAUUUCUAUAAGAUUUAAUGCUUUCAGAGAUUGCACAGGCACCCAUCACUCUGUGACUUCAAUUAUAAAGCUGUACAUGAGAUUGACACUUUGGUAUGAUUACAAGAAAACUGGGAAGUCGUUCUUUAACAUUGUUCAACAGCUUCUGCAUAGGGGUAUCAAGCUGCUGCUGUGCUGUACUUAUUAACAUUACAACUAUCUGUAGAAGGGAUGAGGGACAAUAAACUGCACACCAUCUUUGGAGAUGACUGAACUUAUUCACAAUGCUUUUUUUUCUACAUGACAUGUCAACAGCGGUGGACUGUAACUAAGUUCAUUUACUCUCUCAUUUUAUUCAAGUACAUUUCCUCAGUUUCUGUUUUUUACCCGAGGAUCGCUUUGGGGGAAAGUAUAACUUGUUCUUCGCAACAUUUGAAAGACAAGUUUCUUAGAUUGGCCUCCUCUAUGCCUCUACCAUGUGUUCAAUAAUCACUCCUUAUUUUCUCUGAAGACAGAAUAUACAUUUUCCUUUCUUUUCCAAAAUCUGAUCCCAAAGACAAUAAACUGUGUUCACUCAGUUUUGUAAUUGUUUGUCUGAGUGGUUUUGCCGUGUCUAUAUGCUGCACGGGUCUGUAUGGUUGAACAUAGAGUAAAUGCAGAGAUAUUACAAUUAUCAGGGCCAGAAAGUAUGACAAUAACAGUUGUUGAGAUAUCUAUGAAAAACCUUACAAUAAUAAACAGCACAGUCAGUCUACCUAAGGAAGAGAGGUGCAACAAAUGACUUCUUCAACUUGACAUGUCAUCAUUCAAUUCUAAAAAUAUCAAAGUUUAUGAUGUGUCAUCAUCAUCAUCAUCAUCUCUGUGACUGAUACUUCGGUGGAAAAGAUGUUGCCUCAUUAAAUGAAUGUCUCGCUUUUAUUGUGAUGUUUUUUUCUGUCUUUAAUUGAGGGUUUGCUUCAUCUGCUGUAUGCUCUAAGAUCAUGAGGGAUUGAACUAAAUGAAAACAUUUGAUCGAAAAGUAGAAAAUGUAAAUGUUCAGUUGUUUAGUGACCUGAAGUGGCUGAUUCAGCUAAUAAGGUUUUCCACAUGAGCACUCAUGGCCACAAUAAUUGUUUUAGAUGUUCACUUUGUGUACAAACUUCAUCACAAAUUACUCAAAUCCAGGACCAUCUUAAACACAGUUGUCUAUGCUCGUGUGGUCACUUGGUUGGUUGAUUCUAUUAUUUUGGAGCUGCAAAUCUAGAAAUGUGCAGCAUGUGAGGCAAAAAAAAAAAAAAAAAAUCUAAAUUUCCAAAUAACCACAACAUAACAGAACUUUCUUGACUGUGUUCAAAUUAAAAAAAAAUAUUUAGAGAUUUUUUUCUGAAAAAAGUUUUAAUGUUUGACUUUUAAUGGAUUUAAAAUUGCUCGAGUCAUUUUAUGGUUGCUAUUAUUUUGGCUGCAAACCUGGCACUCUCUAGAAUGUGAGUUUAAAAGUGGGAAUAAUGCUUUCUUUUUUAACAUGAUAUGGCAGAAUGGACAGUUAUGUGUUCUUGACUGGGCGAAUACUUUGUGAAAAUAGAAAGAUGUAUUGAGAUUCUUAUAAACAGGAUGGGAUUAACAACUAUUGGUCCAUUUUAGUGGGAUAGUAGUGAUCCUGAAUUUGAUGCUGAACUUAUAGCUGGAGUCCGUUUAUAGAGGUCUUAUGUGGGACCUGCCCUCUGAAAACCCUGCACAUAGGAGGAGAGAAAGAAAGAAGAGAAAAUGGGAGCAUGGGAAAGAAUGUGAGGAAAGGGAAGGGUUUGAAUUGAUCCAAGUGUUGAUGUGAAGUCCUUCUCCUGAAACUAUGCUAUAUGACACCACUUUAUCAUUUUGAAAGGAAGUACUCCGCCAUCUUAACUGAAUACCAAUUGGACUGAACACAGUAUUUGUUUAUGAGAGUCUGUGCUUUGACUCAAGUCCAGAGGUUGUGUACUUCAUCCAUACACUCUAUGUUUAUACACUGAAGGCACCCGUCAGUAUUUACUCAUUUAACACACUUAGAGACACCUCGGCCUGUGGCCAGGAGGACCUGGGGUCAAACACUAACCUUCUGACUGAGACAAGAGCCACUGUGCUGCAGUGCCACAGCCUCUCCUAUGUGCUGCAGACAGUGGACUCUGAGUGUGGAGACAGUUUACUCAUUUACAAUCGGAGUUUUUGUCUCAAUUUCAAGCUGCUUUAGAAGGAGGGACAGACUGUCAGACUCUGCUGAUGAUCCUGGACUCAGAGUCAGCGGUGCGGUGUUAGACUCAGAGCAGAGGGAAAACCAUGUCCCCUCUGAUAUUCUGUAGGAUGAUGAUGAUGAUGAUGAGAAGAAGGAUGAUGAUUAUGAGUCAUGAACAAAGUGUGCGUGCAAUUUGAAGCAUAAAAAUGUCUAUAACUGCAGCAUCCUGAUGAAAUGAAGACCUGAUCUAACUGAUGGACUCUAGCUGAUGUGAUAGGGAGGACCAGGGAGGGGGGGCUUUGGCACACAGGGUACAAUCAUUGCAAAGCAUGAGCGAAGUGGAUAAAGCAUGAAAGAAAAAAGUCAUUAUGUGGGAAAGCAAAGAGUUCUCUUAAUUUCAUGGACUGCUUCAGUGUGCCAGAACAGGUGACAGAAGGGGAGCUGUCCAAUAUGCAAGUAAGGAGCUCCCCCCGUCUGUUUCCUCGGUGAGAAUGAAAUAAAUAAACAAUGAAUGGUCCACUCUCCGCGCGCGCCUCAUCCCAUCUCAUGCAUGGCUGCCAGUAAUGGUCUACUGGGUGUCAGCUUUUAUUGGCACGGCACAAAGCAAGUGCCAAGGGCUCGGUGGCUCGACUCCCCGCCGCAGACUCGGCCUGUGGAUAAAAGCAAGCAAAAUGCCCCAGUCGAGCUCAGAGACAUAGUCAUGUUGGGCUGGAACGAGGAAGUGCAGUGGAGAGGGGAGGGACUCAGGGCGCAGCUCCAUGGGGCCGCCGCGGCACUGAGACCUUCUGCACAUGGAGCCGGGGAGAGUUGGAAGAACUUCAUACUGCAAACUCAAGGAAUAGCAGGUAAAGUGACUUCCACCGCGCUUUUCAGCUCAACACUCAUCUCUCAGGCUAGCUCAGACUUCUUCACUGCAAAUCGUUCCUCUCGUGGCGUUCAGGAGACUUUUGCGCCUGUCUGGGAAAGACUCUCCUUGUAGUUUCGAUGCAGGUGCACUGCAGCACCAGAUCCCGUUCAGUGAGCGUAAUUCUUUGCUGGAGAGCCUCAGACGGAUGAACAGACAAGAGAGAGAUACUUUUGGAAUUUAAAACAGAAAAAUAAACCGUAAAAAGGCGUCUUUUUUGUUUAUUUUUAACAAAUUUAGAAAUAAAAAGGAAAGUCAGGAAUGUUCCUCUUUUUCCAUGCGUCUUAAUUUAUUGAGGGAACAUCUGGAUGAACUUUUCACAAAUCAAACAGUUCGCUUAAAAAUAUCGGAUCUGUUUUUAGUAUUUCUACCAAAUUAUCGGCACAUUUAGUUUCAAUUUUAAACAGAUAAAAAAAACGUUUUUCCAUCCUUGCCAUGGCACCUGUUGCAUCAGAUAUGCGCUCUUAGUGAACUUUGAAUAUUUCUCUGAAGUCCAUUUCAAGUGCUUAAGAAUUUUUCAACUCAUUUUUACUAAAUUAAACUUUUAGAGAUGACUUAAUUUUGGGGACUGAACACGAAAGCGCAUGUGAGAGCUCGGUGCUGCUUAAAAACAGGAAAUCAGAAGUUACAGUCUCACACGGCUUCUCAUUUUAAAAUCUAUAAAUAAUCGAAAAACCUGUUAAAUUUCCCUCACCUUUGAGUGGUUACUACCUGAUGGAACCACAGAGUCGGUUAACUGCUUAAUGUUUUUUUUGAAGAGAGAGAGAAAAAGCUCAUGUGAACAGGAUUUUUGACGCUCCGCUCAGACGCACGAACAGAAAAACGGACUGAUGAGAAAUAAAGUUUUUACAUUCACACUUGGAGCAAAAUCUGGAAAAAUUAAGCUCUUGUCAAAAAAACAAAAAAAAGGAAUUUAAAUUAAUCAAAACAAACCGAUAUUAAUGAAUAUUUGGCCUUUUUAGUCGAACAGAAAUGACCUGUUAAGCGCAGUUUACGUCAGGUGGCGUUUAGAAGAUAAAGAAAGUCACAGAGCUGCUGCUUCAGUUCCGAGGAAAUAUCUUCAGACUCAGACUGAGACUUCUGCUCAUGUUCUUUUAGUUUUCUUGAGAGUCAGAUGAUUUUCUUUGGGUCAAAAUUUAAAAACUGAAGUUAUAAAUUAUUUUAGUUUCCUAUAAAUCAACCUAAAAUCUUAGUACAUUUAAGAUCAUCUUAAACUUGUUCAAAGAAACAGAAGAAAACAUACGUUUGAUUUGAGAUGUAGAGACUUUUUCAGACUGCAGCUCGGUACCUGCAGGAAAAGGAUUCUUUCAGGGUUGGAGAGAGAAGAGCUGAAAGUGCAGCAGGUCUCAUGUGUGCAGGGAACCUACAUCAUCUUUCUUGUCAGAAGAAACAGAAGUGUGUGUGUGUGUGUGUGUGUGUGUGUGUGUGUGUGUGUGUGUGUGUGUGUGUGUGUGUGUGUGUGUGUGUGUGUUGGAGGGGUCGUUGAUGAGGAGGUUAGACAGUUAUUAAAAUGAUUGUACUGUCUGAAUAGCAGAGUAGUGAAGUGUGUCAGAUGCAAAUGAAGGAAACUUCUUUCCACUCGCCCCCUCGUUAGGGUCCUAAACAUUUCCCCUAACAUUAUUUAUCCACACACACACACACACACACACACACACACACACACACACACACGCACAAACGCACACACACAUUUCAUGAAUUUCUGAUGAGGAUCUGCAGGUGAUCAUGUGCCAUAGUGCCAUAUAGGAUAAAUUAUUUUCUUAUUUGCCUAUAGCCUACAGCAUAUACAGCAUAAAUCAGUAGAUUUUUGUAAGUGGCCAGUUAACCUGUUUAUCAUGAGUGGAAGCUUCUUUGAUACACCAACUAUAUCCCUGAUUUAUAUGAGUUAUCAUCAUGGUCAGAGUUAGAUAAGUAUGAAUGUGUGAUAAAUCCCCCCUCAGUUCAGGUAUCCACAUUUACUUUAACAUGUUUUCAUGCAGAACAGAUCUAGUUGUCAUAAGCAGGGACAUAAGCAAUCCAAUAUAACCUCUUUAGUGUUUAAUUUUGUGUCAAAUGAAAGGCAGCAGAUUUGAUCAAAUCAUAUAUUAAAACAGAUACUUUGUUGACAUGAAUCUUAAUUCAAGUUUUUAAAAAAAAGCCUUUGUGUGUGUGUCGGGGGGGGUUUAUUAUCCAACUUUAUAGUGGACGGUGUGUUGUGUUUCUAUCUCCUGUUGAGGCUUCCUGAGGAUCCAAACCUCGCUGGCGUGGUCCUUCAGUAUCUGUUAACGGUUGUGUUAUUUGUCAUCUCCACCCAGCUCCCUAGUGUAGCUUUUGCACCUCACUUAAGCAGACGCUUCAAUACCCCCCCCCUCCCCACACACACACACACACACACACACACACGCCCAACACAUUUACCACUGUCACACAUAUACACAUACACACACACUAACACAAGCAGGAGGACCGAGAAUUCUGUCAACCCACAAGCCUCUUCCUGCCGCUCCUCGAUCUUCAUACUCAGACCAAAACUUUUCCAGUCCCUCUCUUUUCACAAGUUCUUUCUAUCAGCACCAUUUCACAAAAAUUACACUUACCCCUAUUUAGUACAUGCACACUACCCCCCCCCCCCUCUCUCUCUCUCUUUCACACACAUACAGUGAUAUCACAAAUGUCAAACUGUUAAACUAUGUUUAAGUGUGUUCCUUAAAAAUCAUCGGCAGCAGGGAGAGUUUAGGGCAAUGUAAAGUUUAGCAUGGGCAGAAUCAGAUAAGAUGCUUAGACACUAUUUAUAUGAACCCUCCCAUUAGAAUGCAUCACAAGCACAUUUAAACAGCCUUAUAAGGCUCUGUUACAACCCUUAAAAGUGAGCAUACUGUCUUAUAAAGGUAUGAUUUAUAAUGCUUAUAUCACCACAUAAACACCACGUUUAGCUGUUAUGAACACUUAUUACCAUUUGUAAGGAUUGUUAUAAAACCUUGUUUUAUCAGACUGUAUAAAUGUGCUGAUGAUGCAUUAUUGGAGGUGGUUCAUAUAAAGUGUAUUUUAAAUGUUUUUGAUUAAUCCUACUCUAGGGGUCAUUCACUUGUAACAACAGCUCCAGUAAAUGAGGACAAAAAAAAGUCAAAUCAAGAUUGAAAGAUGUGACUGACAUCUGCAGUUUUUUCAAUACCAGUGCCACAGACUGGUGACCCCUGCAGCCCCCUGAGGAGGUUCGACAGUGCUCACUGCCUCACACACACACUUACUGGAUUAAAACACUCUUGCUGUGAAGUCUGUAGUAGUGAAAAGAUUUUUAACUUAUCAUGUUUUUGGACUACUUUUGUGCAUAGUUUUACAAUAAUAGAAAAAUCUAUAAAAUCCAAAACCUUUUAAAAUUUGUAUUAUAAAUUUUAAAUUUUAUAAACUAUGUACAUCUUAGUUACUGGGUUAUAGCACAGUCUAAACACACACAGUGUUCAGACUCAUAAAUUGAAACCUCCAAUAUUUAACAGAGAACAUGAAAAACCUUUGACAAUAAUGAAGUAUCACAUAGUAUGAGGGUUAAGUGUCGUAUGAGGCUAAGAUACCAAAUCUUCUUAAAAUCAGAAAUUAUCCACAGCAUGUAGAGAGUCUACUAAGUGUGAAACCAGUAUCAGUGUGUGCUGAAAGAAAAAAAAAAAAAAAAGCUACUUCCUGAAUAUUCGAGGUGCACCUUGCUUUCCACCUACACAAGUGGGUUGUGGCUGAAUGCAGGAACUCUUUCGAUUUUGUCGAAGCCCUCCACCUACAUCUGUGUUUCCCUUACACCAUCUGCCCAGAGAAAAGGGCACAUGAGAAUAAGUCCUCCUCUGCCACAGACCCCCAAAGUCCAGAUGCUGAAGAGCGACGCCGCACAGUUGUCAUCAGCAGAAGAACACGCAACACCCUUGUGUUGUGCUGAAGAAAUCAUAUGCACCAGUGACCUUUGGCCCCCUCCUCCAUUCACACUUGCAUCCUGGGCGUCUUCAGAACGUCGAACUCCUGACUUGACUCCGCAGAAUAUUGUUGCAUUGCGAAACAGAGGCCGUGCGUUUCCCAGUAUUAGUUCCAAAUGUGUGGAGCCAUCUGUCAGUAAAACAGGAAGGCCUAGGUUCCCCUUCUCCCUUGGGCUCAUUUCGCUAUUUUCGGGAGCUUCACUUCUCCCUGAAUGGUUGCUUGGACUGGGCAGCGGCCCCACCAAGGGCUUCUUGAAGUGGCAGAGCCGGGGCCGAGGCUGUCGGGCCCAUCUGCUGCAGGCCUCAGGGCCAUCCAUUAUUAAUGGGGCCACUAGCACUGGUGACUCCUCAGAUAUUCAGCCCUGGCCAGAGGAUCAUUCUAAAAAAUAAAUAAAGAGAACUUCUCUGUCCUUCGGCCUGCUUUUCUCAGCUUCACCUUCCUGUUGCGCUCACUUCUCUGACUUCUUGCUCUCAAACUGCUAUCUCCCUCUUCGCCCUUAUCUGUCCCCCCUAUCUAUCGCUGCUUCUCUGUCCUCUCAUGUCUCCUGCCCUCUUUCUCUUUUUUCCCAUCUCUUUGUUUCUCAUUGUGGCUUGCAUGUGUCUGUGUUCAGGCCCCGGGCUCAGCGAUGCAUGCUCAGUUAAAUUAGAGAGAACAUGAGCGCCGAUCAGCUGGGCACGGCAAACACCCGCAUCCUGGUGACCUGGGGCCAGUUAAUUUUCUGCUUAAUUUUGCGGCAGUCAGUUUGCAUUUUUGGAUGAUUACGUGGCAGGAAAUUAACAAUAAAUAACAAAUGUGGUCUGAAAGCCCGUUUCUAACCCCGUGCAACCAGCAGGCCCCCUCAGCCGCAGUAAAGCCACACUGCAAGGUCCCUCUCUCUGUCAGACUUGUAAUGAAAAUGUCUGUAAUUCUUUGUAAUGUAAUGUGGGGGACAGUGGUGUGUCUGCAGCUGUGACAAGAGUGAUCUCACUGAGGUGAUGAAGGCGUGCUGAGGAGUGCACCCUUAACUCCUUUCUAGUUUUUCUUAUCAUGCUUCCUUGGCCUGCACUUGAUUAAACUCACACGCAUCUACAUCUCCAUUUCUCUCCUAUUAGAGUACUUGCACCGCAUGGAGACAGAGGAGGCCCAAGAAAUGGCCCAGAUGCCAGGUAAAAGCCUACCUACUGCAUGAUUGAGCUGUGGAGAGCAGAAAGUAGAUACAAUGGGUUCAGAAACACACUCUUACAUUACCUAGAGGUAAUUUUGCUUGGUCGGGGGGAUGUGUGGUGAGUGACUGGUGUUCGCUGGUGUGUGUCUCCAAAGGCAGGGACAGCCCCCCUGCCAAUGAAGCUGCGGAGGAUGCAGAGGAGCCCAUGGCCGUCCCUGAGGACCUGUCAGCAAGCUCCACCCACCAGCAGAACAACAGAGGGGACAAAGGUACAUGAACCAUCUCACCAAACGCACCCACACAGUGUCAGCACAUCACUGAUGCUUGUGUCAAAUCCAGAAUCAAAGUCAUAAAGUGUGUGAAUAAUAGGCAUAGCUCAUUCAAAACGCUGCAGUCAUUUCUCAUCCUCAUGUUUCCUGUUCCCAAAGCACCAAAAAUCUGAGUCAAAGGGUUAAAUGAGAGAAAGUAUUGGCAUCAAAGCUUAAAUAAACAUGUAUUUAAAGAUUUUUAGAACUUAGUCCUAUUCACAUCCAGUGGGAGGUAUUCGAUGUUCCAGAUCCCUUAGAAAUAUUAAUUUAUACAGCAAGAGACACAUUUGGGUCAUUGGCAUCGAAGGUUAAAAAAAGCACAAUCUCUUUGAUCCAUCACAUGUCAUUAACAAGCCGAAUCUUAAGGAAUAACUAAUGUGGUCUUGAUUUGAGUUUGAGAACAUCGAGCCAGGGAAUAUGAUGAUGAUGAAAAUAAGGAUGAAGCAUGUGAUGGGGAUUCAGAGCAGCAGCGCAUAUUUAUGUCAUGAUUCCUGAUGUGGGUGGUUUUCAAAAAUGAUCAGUAUUUGCCUCUGAAAACUUAAACCGUGACAGGAACACAAACAGACCCAGAGUCCAGUUUAUCAGGAUAUGGGGGUUAAAUUUGACUGAUUGAGAAUUGCAAGUUAUUUCUGUAAAAUGUGCAGGAUGGUAGGGACAUGGGGGGGGGGGGGGGGGGGGGGAUAAAUGAAUAAAUAAACUCAUCUGAAAAUCAGAAAAAAAAAAAAACAAUAAAAAUAUAAGACAGGUCUGAGGAUUUUUUAAGGAUAUCAGGUGUGCAACUCUUUAACUAGCCUGGCUGGGCCAAGUGAUUCACGCAAAAGGAUGGCCCAGCCAGGCUACUCUUUAACAUGUGUAUGAAAUUUUUUAAUGAUUUCACUCAAAUGCUCAAAAAGAAGCUGAUCAGUUUUCCGUGUAUUUCCACUGAUCAGAUAACAGCAAAGAUACAAAGUAUACAGUCUAAAAUUAAAUAUCGCAAGAAACUGAAAUUGGAUGUGUUAAGAGUUUCCUGAGAAGAAGCUGCCAUCAGACAGUUUCAACACUCCUGGAGAUAAAGAGUUCAGGAACAGGGCCAAGCCAGAGAGAUCAGCUCUUCACUGCACCACAUAGGUCACACACCUGCACACACACACACACACACACACACACACACACACACACACACACACACACACACACACACACACACACACACACACACACACACACACACACACAUGUGCCUACUCUCAGAGGCUCCCCUGUUUGACUGCAAAACUGUUGAGCUGCUGUCAGACUGGGUUUUUUUGCACAAGCAGGGAUCUCUUUCCAGUUCUGCAUAAAUGCUGCAAUGUCAUGAAAACAUUUCAAAACAUUCAGAUGGAGCGAGGGGACAUUUUUAGAAAACAGUUUUAUACCUCUGUGAAUUUCACUUCUCUGUCUGCUAAUAAACUUGAAGCUAAAUAUGGAUACGUAAAAACCUAUGAUUUGAAAAGUUGGCCUCUUAUCAAGCGUCACUUUACAGAAAAGGAGACAGGGUGCAGCUGGAGGUGUUGACGUAUGACUCUGUGUGCUGCACAAGUUUCUGUUCAUUCCCUACACACUUUGUUUGGUUCGCAUGUGUCUAUAUAGGGACAGAGAGAAAAAGCCCAAAGAGUAAAAGAAGGGAAGUGCAAGUAUCUGGUACAUCUAUGCAUGGCUGCCUCUGUGAUAAAAGCCAGAGUGAGUUAUAAUUAUCACCCAUGUAGGAUCAUGUGCUUCUCAGUUCUCAGUUGUGAGUAAAAGACAGAAUGUUAGCGAACCAUGUGUGAGACGGACAGGAGAACUAAAGCUCAGAACUUUGAUUGUUGGGUACUAAAGCUAGGUUUUUGCAGCCUGGGAUUCACACAGUUGCUGCACUUGAGAAUCCGUGAAUACAUUUUUAAAAAAGCCUUCAGGUCUAAGACAACCUUAAUUCGUCAUUGAAUUGCAGCAGUUUUCAGAAUUAGUGUGUCGGCUGAUUGGAAGUGAUGGACACAGACUUGGUUAAAAUCCCGUAUCAAUGUGCUAAGCUUUCAUUUUCACUGAUUCACUGACAGAGACUCUGCUGUUUCAGAGACAGAAAGAGAGACUGAGCGCUCUAGUUCCCAAAAACAUGGAGGCGACUUCGUUUUGACAAAGUGUGUGAGAGGGAAAAGCAGGCUGUUUUUGGUGUUCCUGCAAGUGGUGUUGAGUGUGAUGCCGGGGUGGUUUAACACAUGUGGUUCCACUAUCUUGCACACAGGGUUAUUUUCAGGCAGUGAGAGCAGCACAGACUCAGUAACAGGAACCUCGAGCAGGCUCCCUGCAUUUACACUCUGCAGAGCUAACACAGUUGUUUAGUGGCUUCUUACCUGCCAACAACAUCUGCCGGAAUAGCUCAAUUAUUUCUCCUUUCUAUACCAGCCAUUGCUCUUUGCGCUAGUAUGUUCUGCAGUAUCUGUUUCUUUAUCUGUAUCCACAGAUUAGAUAUGCUUUUAUUCAUUUCUUUUACUUCUUUAUUUGUCUGCUGUGUGAUCUGUCAGUUGCUUCCCAAAACGAGUGAAUCAGGAUGUGUGACCAUGAUAAACACGAUAUCAAGUAAAAGCCUUGUUCCUACUCCCAUUUCAGUCACAACUUCCCCAAAUCCAUGAGAAGUGAGUGGCAGCCGGUAUUCAUGCUUCCCCUCUGUCUGUUUCAGCCGGCUGAUAACCUCCUAUCUGUGCUGCUGAUGUAUGACAUGCUCAGGAACUGACAACCAUAGAUGACCAUAAUAGUUUAUUGGUGAUUGUUUGGAUCAACCUGAAAUAAUGACUAUACAUGCAUACGCACAGCCAAGGACAAUGCAAAGUGCACAGAUUCAUUACUUGAGUCCAAGUAUACACACUUCUGGUCAAGUAUAACUCAAAUACAACUAAUACUAGAGUGAAAGUAUUGCUCUACUUAAAUAAAGUACGAACUUUCUGGCUGUAUUUUUUCCUCCUGAGAGCUUUGUAGUAGCUUUACAGUAGUAGGUUUACAGCUUACAAAAAUUCUGAGUGAUGGUUUUUGGACCCCAAAAUACCCAGCAACAGAGAACAGAGCAGGACAUUUUGGUAAAUUUUACACAUUAGGAGUUUCUAAGGAGAGUCACAUAGUUGUGAUAUCAUGUAUUGGGCAAAUCUUAUGAAGCCACCCAGAGCAGCCCACUAACUUAUCCUGGGAUAACGAUAACACUCCUUUACCUUUUGGGGUUGCAGUUGGGUAAAAUAAAAAUGCCUGAAAAAGAUCAAUUAGGCCUGAGAUGAAAGCCCAGUAUUUGUUUGAUUGUUUUCUUUCUGAGUAACAAUUUUAAAAAGUCAAGAAAAUUUCUGAAUAAGUGAUAUGAAAAAGAAAAGACAAAAGACAAAAGACAAAAAAUUGACCAAAUACGCUGAGGAAAUGCCUUUUUUCUUUUUUUCUUUUUUUUUUUUUUGGUUUUAAAAGAGGUCAACCUCAACUGGUAUAGACUGAGGAAAAGGAAAUAGAACCAGGUUUGAUCAAACAGGCUUUGUAUACUCUGACUCUGUUUGACAGGGUUGUAGACCAAGAGCGUGCUUUUGAAAGACCAUAACAUCCUGGAACGAUAAAUACACAGGGGAGCACACUGCUGCAGUUAUUGGGACUACCACCUCACAGAUAGCUGGUUUGAGGUUUGAAUCUCAGCAGGGGCCUUCCUGUAAGAUCUAAGUCCUGGUUCUUACCCCUGUGGGAGAGAUAAUCUAUUUGAAUCUUCCAGAAUCCUAAAACCCUGCAAAGUACCAAAGCAAAACAGCUCUGCUAUGGGGCAGUAAGCACUGUAUCCUCAUCUCUGGCUCUGAGCUCAAAUCCAGGCAGGGGCUAUUUAUUACAACUGCAGCCAUAAAUAUGCUUUUCAACCAUUGCAGUGUGAUAGGGGAUUGAUAAACUUUAAGUGGCCUCUUCGCGGUAAUGAGCAUUGACACUACCACAUGUUGAGCAGGUUCUGGUUUCAAGCCCUGGCAGUGACCCUUUUUUAGGGGGGUGUUGGGAUGGUUACAAAUUCAACCCUCAGCCUCUCCUGGUUCAUUUUCAUUUUUGUGUGCUCUUACAUUAGGAAAUGGAUGGCAUAUGUAAAUGGGCAGCAAUACUUAUCCCAGCUCUAAAAUACCAUCAUUACAGGUGUACAAAAAGCUUUAGGAAGUAAAGUAGCAUUUUGGCCAGUGGUGGGGUCUGCUUUGAGAGAAACUGGUCUUGGUUUGAAUCCCAAUCAGGGACUUUCCAUGUGAGGUGGACAUAAAGUGGUUUCCCCACAACGCAAUCUGCUUUUGAGCAACAAUACUGUUGAAAUGAGAGGACCUAAAUAAGAUGACUCUCGCUGUAGUUAUUUGAAUAAAGGUACUCUGAAAAAAAAGAAAAUAUUGCUCUGACAUGUAAUCUUACAUGUGAUUGAAUUGAACAGGCAUGAGGUGUGGUCAUUGAUGCUCAGGUGGGGAAAUGUCACCCUUCUGUCAUAUCAACCUGUACCAUUACAAACAAUUCUAUUUUUAUUGAUUUGUUUUUAAUAUUGUGUUUGUUUAUAUUCCUGAUAUUACUGGUUUAAGUAUGAGUUAGUGUUGUCAUGAUUAUACUGCACUCCUGUACACGACUUUGGUGAACUGGGGUCGUUCUUAAAUGUGCUUUAGAAAUACACUUCGACUUCAAAUCCCUGAUGCGAAUGACAUUGUCUCCGUGUGACAUGCAGGUACCAUGAAACCAGCAACACAAACCACAAACCAAACAAGCAAAAACGACAUAACCACAGCUCACUGAAUGGUGAUUAGAUUGGAGAAAAGAAAAGAAAAUUGAAUCCACUGAUGGCUGUGCAGAAGUUGACAUUUCAUGAAAAUAUUAAGUAUGAGAUCUGUCUUUCAAAAGUCAUAAGCCCUCCUUUUAAAAGCCAUAAGUUAUUCCUUUCCCAAAUGAUCAUGGUAGAUGUCUGCCUUAUUUUAUCACAAAAAUAAGAGAGAGAGAGAGAGAGAGAGAGAGAGAGAGAGCAGCCAACAAACUACACAGAUGAGCAGAUUGUUUGUCACAACACAGCAAACUUAAAAAAAACAGUGUUGGGUAAGGAUGGAUGAUAAGUUAAAGCGACUCUAACCAAAAAAAGCAAUCACAAAUAUCUCUGACCUUAUCCUAUGCUGCUGAUUCUUUUUUUCUUUCAUUAGUUACACCCUGCUCUUAUGGGAAAUGCUCUGCCUGUCCUCUUGUUGGUUGUCAGUGAAAAGGACCAGAAAAAAAAGUUUCAGUUACAGGCUGUUUUACAAUUCCUUUCCUGUGCUUCCCUUUCUGUCACUUCUCCAUAAUUCUUGGUAUUUCAGUUAGACAGGCCCUGUUUCUAAAACUUCCCCUUUUCCAUAGAUUCCUAUAUUUCAUGAUUUCCUCCUCUUCCUCUUCACUUGAACAAACAGAGGUAGAGGCAUGGGGAAAUCAGACUGCCACCAUGACAUGCAAACCACAGGCUGGUGGUAGCUGUGGGACUGAAAUGGCCAGUCAGUUCUCUUAAAUGUUUCUAAAGACCUCUAGUGGGAAAAGAAGGACCUGGUGGCACAACACAGAGGUUACUUCUGUUUUUGUGAUUGCUCUGUGAACACCACACAUCAAACUUUGAAACUGUUCAACCAAUGAACAGACUGAGUUUGACUUCUCUCUGAAAAGCUCCAAAUGACAGGAAGUCAACAGAUGAACUCUCCUCGAAAGGAUUCAAGACCGAAUUGGAGCAGGUCUUGCGUGUGCUCCUCAGAGUUAAUCGUACUCCAUUGCUCUGAUAGACACCGCUGCCGUCCCUAGUUUCACACAGCUUCCUGUGUCUCUGUUUCCUGUUUAUCUUGCUGUCAUUUGUUUCACCAAAGUGUGAUGGUGUGAGAUGAUGUGUGUUGCUUCAUAUCUUUGCUGACAUCUUCAAGCAGAAGACAUGCUAUCCACCUGUCCGUAAGACUGAAUGUGAAUAUUGUAAGGAGUGCACAGUUUACAUGAGCUGGCUGUGAGCUGAUCUAAUGCUAUGUUUACAUCUAGAAUAAAAGUAAGUCUUGGCAAUUUUGAUGAAGCAAUUGAGGUAACCUGCAAAUGUUGUAUUAUGCACCACAGGAAGCUGUCGAUGCUUUAGUCAUGUUACGGUGCAGCUGCAGCAAAACAAAAGAGUAUUUAGUCUAAUUAUGAUUAGCUGAAUUAAGAAACAGUCAAAAUCUUUGGACCAUAAAAAUACAAAAAUAAAGAAGAAUGAAGGACGGAGCAAAGCCUAGGUUUUGUGAUAAGAAGACAUUGAAAACAAAGAAAGAGACAGCCUUACAACAUUUUUUCUGCAUGUUUCUUUUUAGAUUGCACUGUGCAAGCUAGUCAACAUUUCAGGAGCAGCAGCAUGCAUCAGUUAAAGUAGACUGGAAUUAGCACAGUAGUAAAAUUUCCUUCCAGAGGAUGACUUCUAUCGUUGACAUACUCAGAACAGUUUUACAUUUGAAAAAUACUUUUGUUACCAGACAAAUAACAGAGCUGCAGGGGGGUUUUAGGGUUAGUAAUGCAGGGAAAAAUUAAGAUGAGUUUUUUUUUUUUUUAUCAUGAAGAAAUGUUGAGCAUAAAGUUCAAAUUAGAAAAAAGGGAGGGUUUGGAAACUGUUUCCAGGUCAAAGCUGCUGCUGUGUAUCAUGUUUGUUCAAUAUGCUGCAGCCUAUUCAAUAGAUAAUGAUUAAAGAGGUGGCUCAAAUCAGUCAUUUUACUGACACUAAAUGACUGAAGGCAAAAUCUUGAUCAAACCAUGAAGUUUGCAUUAAGCUAUAGGUUUAUCUGUGAACUUAGGCUUAAGUUACUGAUGUAUCACACACACACUGAUAAGAGGGAUGUUUGCAGUCAUGACAGUCCAGACAUUCAAACAAAGUUAUAAACAGUCACAGUGACAUUCACAGUUAAAGUGUAAAUGAUUACAGGUCACAGCAGACUGUCAAGAGGGAGAUAUUCUCAGUUUGCAAACUGGCUAAUCUACAGAAUCAGUAAGGAUUUUAUAGAUUAGAUUAAAUAAGGAUAAGAAGACAAAACCUUAAUAAGCUCACUAAGUGACAGCUGAGUUAGUGUCAUGUACUCAUAUACACCUUGACGGUGUGAGAUAACAGACUAUGCAAGUGUAUAGGUGACCUGUUGCCUUUCUACAUGCGUGUUCUGAUGUUUUUUCCACAUGUGAAGUGACCAAACCGAACUGGGGAGAGCAGAGAUUUGCUUACAGUAGUGUUUCAACCUGGAUGCAGCACCAUGAUGUUUUGUUUGAUCCUUGAAUUUAGAUUUCUGUUUUCCCCAACAUUUUGACCAUAAUCAAAAUGAUUUCACUUUAUUCUCAGAAGUACAAGUUUAUCCCUAACAUUUUGACAUUGUCCUUAGAAUGCAGAAAAUCCUGCAAAUCCUCCUCCUCCUCUUUUUUCCCCCUCAUCCUUGGCCCCAAUACAGAACCACUUACAUUAAGCUUAAAUUGCAAGAGGAGCCCAAAGUCCCCGGUAAUGGGCACCAGAGGCCCCUCACAGUCUCCCCUCGUUGUUGUUUGAUUGUAUUUAUUUGUGUGUGUGUAGAUCCAUCUGCUAGUGGGGGAAAGCCGGUUUAGAACUUAGAAAAUCCUUUUUGAAAUGACCAAACACAUCCUACAAACAUUCACGGCUUAAGCCAGCACAGACAAAAAGUCUCCUCAGAUCAGUGCACUUGAAGCCCUCAAGAUGAACAAGAGCAGCUCUGUGUGGUCUCAUGUUUCACUUUCACAGUCUUAAGUUCAUAUAACAUCAUAAAAAAAAAAAAAAAAAAACAUGCUCGUUUUCUAAACCGUGGCCCCCCUUGCCCUCUUUUCCAGCGUGUAACAUUAAAGUUGAGGCUCGCAGUGAUGAGGAGAAUGGGCUGGCCUGUGACAUGAAUGGCAUGGAGGAGGAGGAGUGUGCGGAAGACUUGCGCGUGAUCGAUGCCUCGGGGGCCAAGGUGAAUGGCUCACAGCCGAGCCCUGAUGCCAAAGCCUUCACUGCUGCUGGUGGUAUCCGGCUGCCCAACGGGAAGCUCAAGUGCGAUAUCUGUGGGAUAGUUUGCAUUGGCCCCAAUGUGUUGAUGGUGCACAAGCGAAGCCACACUGGUAAGCUGCCUGAACACUUCUUACCCUUCCUUUGCACCCAUGUUCAUAGUCAGUAUGAGGAUGAAAAAAGGAGCAGCCCAUUGUCUUCUAUGCCCCCCCCCCCCCAACUUUUGGACUCUAGCCUUUUAAUGGCAAAAUCAGGUGUUGAUUGGCAUUAAUAUUAUUAUCAGUAUCAUAGGGUCUGCAACCGCAGCGCUGCGUCUUCUUUGCCUGCACACAAACAUUAGUGAUAGAGUCUCAGAAAUUAACUUUAAAGCCUGCUCUUCUGUUUGCAGUCAACCUUAAGCUCAGUUGUUGUUGUAAAGUCAUCCUUGCGCCUGGCUGUAUGUAGACGCUCCUGUGGUGCGUGAAAUAGGCUUUAAGCGUAUCAUUCAUUAUUGUUCAUCUUAAAAAAAAGGGAUUAUCACAUGACAAGCAACAGUAACUGAUCAAAUUAUUGUGUGAGAAAGUAGCAUAGAUGAAGUAGUGAAAAAAAGGGAUAUCAGCUGCAAUUAAAUUGGAUCUCUAUGAAAUGACAAUUAUCUAGCUAUUAAAAGUUCUUCAAGUUUCAAAAUUGAUAUUCUAUUGUGUGAAGCCAAACCAGUGGUGGGGAACAUUUUUGAAAAAGGCACUUAACUGUCAAGCUUUAGAAACUAAUGAAACUCAAAGUGGAAGAAAGGAACACUAGACUAAUGUAAAUGCAAAAGAAAGUACAAUAAAAGAUAUAAUGAAGUGCCUCCUAUUUAAAUAGAAAAUAUUCUCUGCUGAGUCUUUGCUCUUGAAAUGCAUUUUUAAUGAAUUUCCUUUUUUAUAUAUUUUUGCUGCUUCACUGGUGACUCUUAUUUUAUGGGGGGGCCUUUGAAAAAAAAAAGCCAUAUUAAAACGUUCUCAGAGAAUGCCACAACACUCACAGAGGCUGGAUAUUGGUUUAUUCCAGAGGCGCUGAUCAGGAAGACUGGCUCUCAACACAAAGUGUUUCCUUCGCUUUAUUCAAAUGAGGCUGAAUUUGCAUUGUGAUGUGCCGCUCUUAUUUUAGAGACGAAGUAGAGGAAAAAAAUGAGAUUUUCAGAUCAAAUUGACCUAGGCAAUGGUGCAUUACAGAACUGGCAGGCUGAGUCUGAAAGGCUCUUGUUCGAUCAGAGUGCCGGUAGUUGGUGGGGCAGGGGGAGCAUGGAGAGAUGGAGUGUCACUCUGCCGUGAAUCCCUCCCACAGACUGCUGUAGAUGCUUCUCUGCCGGGCGGCACUCCAUCAUUUGACUUGUUCCAGCGCCUCGGAGUCUUUAGUGCAGUGACCCUGUAUUCCCACCUCAACAGCACACACGAUGUUCAUCCACAUAAAAAGAUUUGACAUUGUCAGUGGAGGGAGCUAAAGAAAAGAGGAGUGUAUCAAGAUUACAUAAAGAAUAUCUUAAACUCUGUGUUGGGUCCAUGAAACACAUCAAACUGGGUGCCAGUAAAACUAAAAGGUCUCUCUCUUUUGUUUUAUUCUUUGUUUUUGGCUUUCUCUGUACGUUUCUCUUCCUCUUAUCAGUAAUUUGAACCCUCUGUGCUUUUUUCCUCAGGAGAACGUCCUUUCCAAUGCAGCCAGUGUGGUGCCUCCUUCACCCAGAAGGGUAACCUGCUACGUCACAUCAAGCUGCAUUCAGGAGAGAAACCCUUUAAGUGUCACCUGUGCAGCUACGCCUGUCGCAGAAGAGAUGCCCUCACCGGACAUUUACGCACACACUCGGGUCAGUACGCAGAAGUCUCUCCCUCUAAAACCUGCGGCACUGGUGGUCAUUUAUGUGCAUGUCACAAAGAGCAUGCACUGUGGCACAAAGUGUGGAGAUGCACUCAGAGCUGCAGAAGGGGAAGUUGACUGGGUGUAGAUGUGGUGUCACUUCUUUUUGCAAGUGCUUUGCAGAAGCAUGUGUUACUGAAAUUCUUGGGUCAAUAUGUAUACAAAACCAGCUCUGGACUCAUUAAAACAGGAAGAAACAGCAAAGGGGUAACCCAUAUAAUUUUCACCCACUCGUUACAGUGUUUAAAGGUUUGUUGCAAACAUCGGCGUUUGGCGACCUUUGCUAAGAGGAUGAGAACUGAACAAUCUCAGAUCGUUUUCACUGUCUCCUCUGUCAUUCAAGUGUUUGUGUCUGUCCUUUAGUAUUGAGGUUUGUGAUAAAUGUCGCUCAAAUUUGAAUUUAAAUGGAUUCAUCAGAGACUUUUUUGAGCUGCGGGUCACUAUACAUGUCUGGCCCCGUCCCCGUCAUACAUGAUACAAUCUCAAGCAGCAGUCCCACAACAAUCCUCUAUCUGCAGACGUUCAAAUGUCAUACUUUUGGAAGCUGUUUGUGGGAGGUGCCAAAACAGAUGUCACUUUGUCAUUUGUCAUCUGAUACCUCUGUAGAUACCAUAGACUGUAUUGAUACUCAAUACAUUCUAUGGUGGAUAUACUGAGUUGCUAUUUGUCGACCACAUCAGUGUCAAUUUAACAAGUGACAACCUAAUUAAAGCAUAGCCUGAUGGCAUCAUCCAGGAUAGAUCAAGUUGAGACUCAAUUUCCCAUCUUGAAAAACGGAUCUCAAAUCCUGCUAUAACAACAUUUUGGGUAAGGAUGAUAUGAUUUAUUGUAUUUUGAUUAUUACUUUUGGAUUAGACUGAUUCAAGUUCAGCUUAGCCUGAGCUUAAAUCAGUCUAUAAAAAUACUAAUUUCUUUCAAAUAGUUGUCAGUAGUCUUUAUUCAUAGUAAAUACUUUCCUGUAUCAAAUCCUCUAGUUCGUAAAUUUAUAGAGGAACACAAAGGAAGAUGUGUCUCAGUUUUUGGUCUAACUAUAAAACAGUCUCAGUGAUAAGUUUAAACUUUUUUGAGGUAUCAAAAAAUUAUUAAAAUGCAAAAAUAAUAAUAAUAAUAAUAAUAAUAAUAAUAAUAAUAAUAAUAAUAAUAAUAAUAAUAAUAAUAAUAAUAAUAAUAAUAACUAAGUAUUAAGGAAUAUAACAGAGUGAUAAUUGUCUUUAGUUCUUGUCUCUUUGUAAUGCGAAUGAUGAGGUGUAUUGUAGAGGAGAGACAGACAGAAGCCCUAAGCUCCAGCUUGUUCCUGUUUGGGUCACUGAUAAUGUGAAUUUUAUUCUGUGGAAUUGGCCAGUGAAAACAUGUUCAGUGAUGUCAUUAAGUUGAAUAUUUAUAUGAAUUAUAGAAUCUUGUUCCUUUUCGACAUAUGGCGAGAAUAAAAAAUAUUCAUGUUAAAGUCACUCUCAGAGCUGUGGAUAAGGUGACAUGAAGGUCAAAUCAAAAGAAAGCCACAUAUUAAGUGUGCCGUCAUGUGAAGCUCUCUAGUGUCCCGCUCUCUCACCCAGGUUCUCACACAUAUUAUAUUUUGCAGUUGGAAAACCACAUAAGUGUGCCUACUGUGGACGAAGCUACAAGCAGCGCAGCUCUCUAGAGGAGCACAAAGAGCGAUGCCACAACUACCUCCAGUGCAUGGGGCUGCAGAGCAGCAUCUACACAGGUUGGUGCAUUUAUUAUUCACUUCACUGUCACCCACAUAACCUAAGUGCAGAAUUUGCCAUAAAUGCAACAGCUGACAGUGACACUAGUACCUAAAAUUGUUACAUUAUUUUAAUCUAAAAAAUCUGUGUUUGUUCUAGAACUGUUUAAAAUGACUGCAUAGAUGAUUCAGUACAUCAGAAUUUACAGCUUCAUCAAACUUGAAAACUUAGCAGCCAUUAAGACAAUAACACCCCACAGAAUUCUUGCUGGUUUCUACAGACGUCUUCUCUAAGAGUCAUUCACAGUGAUUUUCAAAAAGUGUAUUCAUAGUUCGAGUGACUCACAGGCGUCAGAACCGUCCGCUCAGUGCUCUGAAAGAAAAGAAAACACCAUCAUGUUGUUCGACGUCUCAGUUCAUCACUCUAAAGGGGACAAACUCAAACUACUUUGACUCUGAAAUCUACCUCUCUGUCUUGCUUUCCAGUAGUUAAGGAAGAAAGCAACCAGAAUGAGCAGAGGGAAGACUUAAGCCUGGCGGGAUCUGACAGAGCCCUGGUGCUAGACAGAUUAGCUAAUAAUGUAGCUAAACGUAAGAGCACUAUGCCACAGAAGUUUGUGGGUAAGGGCUGAAAUCUGCUUCCUUUGUGUGCAUACAAUGUCAAUACUUUUGCCAGGAGAUUAUUGUAAAUGCUGCACCUAUCAAUGAAUGUUGCAUAGGUGACGCUUGCUGUGAGUUUUGUAGCAACUGCAUUUUCUUUGCCAGCCUCGCUCACCUGAAUGCAUGCAGUGUAAAAGAAAAAAGAAAGUUAUUUCAAACCUGAAGAGGAACAGAGCCUCUAAUUCAUUUAGUCACAAUGAGAGAAGUUUGUUUGUCAUGUUUGCUAAGUGUUUCAUCCUGUUUAGUUUGACAUUUAGAUCAUAGAUAUUGUCUUUACAAAAAGAUGAAGUGAGUUUAAAAGGCUGAGAGGACACCAGCUUCAGAUUAGACAGAUCUUGAAAUGGAAAAAACAGACAGUCAUUCUCAAACUAAGCUAGAGAGUCAGCUAAGAAAAAGAAGGUGAUGAAAUCACUGAAUGUAAAGAGCCUGACAUGUAAUGCUCACGUGGCUCCCCUGUGUCUCCAGGUUCCUCAGGUGACAAACGCCUGUCAGACCUAACCUAUGAUGUAGGAGUAGGUGAGAUGAUGCAGCCUCAUGUCAUGGACCAGGCGAUCAACAGCGCCAUCAACUAUCUUGGAGCCGAGGCUCUUCGUCCUCUGAUCCAGACCUCUCCGGCCUCCUCCUCUGAUGUGGGCCUCAGCUCCAUGUACCCACUCCACAAACCUGCACCUGACGGUAAUGCGGGGUCGGGCCUGUCUGCCAAAGACAGUGCAGCAGAGAACCUGCUGCUGCUUUCCAACUCCAAGUCUGCCUCCAGCGAAAAGGAUGGCUCCCCCAGCCACAGUGGCCAGGAUUCCACAGACACCGAGAGCAACAAUGAGGAUCGUACUGGCGGGGCAGCCCCCGGCCUCAUCUAUCUCACCAACCACAUCACCUCAAGGAAUGGCGUCCUCCCUCUGGUCAAGGAGGAGCAGCAGAGGCAGUACGAGGCCAUCCGGGCCAACAUGGAAAUGGCCUCCGAAGGCUUCAAGGUGGUAACAGCAGACGGAGAACAGGUGAGGGCGUACAGGUGUGAACACUGUCGCGUUCUGUUCCUGGACCACGUCAUGUACACCAUUCACAUGGGCUGCCAUGGCUUCAGAGACCCCUUUGAGUGCAACCUAUGUGGUCAUCGGAGCCAGGACCGGUACGAGUUCUCCUCUCACAUGACCCGAGGAGAGCAUCGCUGACGCUCACAGCUGUACAUACAGAAAACACGGCAAACCUGAAAUACAAGGAUAGACCUUCAAAGAUGAACACACACUGUUAAUGUCUGAAAGUCAUUUUAUUCAGAGCAUGCUCAGUAGAAAAACAGAUAAAUGUAGACCACAGAUACUGAAAAAUCUCAUCUUUUCUUAUUCCAAAUCCCAUUUACUAAACCUGACUGGAGAGUCUAUCAAAUAUAUGAAUAUCUAUCAAUUCUUUCUCUUGGAAAACUGGACUGAUACAUUUUUCUUUUCUAUAUGAAUUAUAGAAAUAUUUCCAUGUAACAUCUUAAAAUCUCUGUAUUGACGUAGUGAAAGAAAUGUCAACAAGAGUUGUUUAUAGUGCAGGAAACCUGUUUUAUUUUCAGUAUUAAAUACAAUCAUGUAAGAAUUAACAAUCAAUGUACAUACUGUAAGCCUUCAUUCACGAUCAAAACGUCAACCUGUACUUUAUUUCUGGCAAUCUACAUAUUAUUUAUAUCAUAUUUACACAGCUGUCUGUUUUUGUAUUUAUUAAAGUGUUUGGUGUUUGUGGGUAGAGUAGUUGAUAAUAAAAACGGCAUAUUUUUCUGUCCAGUUGUUCUUAACGUAUUUGAAGUGAAAACAUGAACAAGACUACUGCCGUGGGCUUUUGUUCUUUUCUUUGUUUUGUUUGUUCGUUUGAAUGGGAAGAAAUGUGAUCCUGAACAUUUACGUUUUAUACCUGAUGUUAUUUCACUUACAUAAUGAAAGAGUUUUUGGGGUUGGAAGGAGCUUUAUGCCUGCAAAAAAUCAAUAAAGGAUAUUUUCUAUAUGCACAAAAAUGGGAAGUGUUUUAAGUUUGUU